AUUUAUUAUGAGAUAUUUUUGGAAGUAUAAUCCAUUACACAGCCAACCGUUCGACAUUUCAAUGGCGUCUUCGUCUUUCUCACUCUCCGCAAAUUGCUUCAGUUCCACAACUACACUAUCAGCACUUAGAGAUUGUAGUAAUCAAAAGCUCAACCUAAUUCACAACGGCUUCCAUGAUUAUUCUUCCCCUGCUCGAUUUCCUCAUCUAAUUCUCAAGGCAGCUAAGAAUGAUCGGAAUACCAAACCUAAUAGUGUGAUUUGUGGCGAUUGCGAUGGAAAUGGUGCUGUUCUUUGCUCACAAUGUAAAGGAAAUGGAGUUAAUGCCGUCGAUUUCUUCAAUGGACAGUUCAAAGCCGGUAAAUCUUGUUGGCUGUGUGGUGGGAGAAUAGAAAUGUUGUGUGGGAAUUGCAAUGGGGCUGGCUUCGUUGGAGGUUUCCUUAGCACUUAUGAUCAAUAGAAUUGUAUAUACUUUGUCAUUCCACUUUUUAUUUUCUCUCAAAUCAAAUAUAAUAAUUAAGUACUUAAACUUUUAAAUCUUUUUAAUAAAUUUCUCAACUUAUCCUUACGUGUAUAA